AUGAGAAAUACUCGCUUAAUAGAUCGUAUUAGUCGACAUUAUUUGACAGCGUUCCCAAAGUAUGAUUUUAGUACCGACAACCUCAUUAUUGGAGGAGGCAUAAUUGGUCUCGCUAUUGCCGAGAGGUUAUCUCGAAACCGCCAUCGUUCCACUCUGCUGGUCGAGAAAAAUGCUAAUCUAGGAGAAGAAACGAGGUACGUCGCUAAAUUAAUCUUGAAUAUUUAUCCAAUUCAAACUAAUUCUUUCCUCCUUCCAAUCGAAACGAUAAGCUCUCGCAAUAGUGAAGUGAUUCACGCAGGAAUAUACUAUCCAGAAAAUUUUUUGAAAACUCGUCUUUGCAUACGAGGGAAGAAUCUUCUCUAUGAACUUUGUCAGUCGACUCUGGUUAUUCCAUUUCGUCGAGUUGGAAAAUGGAUAGUAUCAAGGAACGAUAGUGAAUCGGAAUACUUGGAAUCACUCAAAAAGACUGCUGAUAAACUGGGCGUGGAUACAUACUUUGUCUCACGGAGCGAAAGAGAAAGGCAAGAACCUGAUGUUAACGCGCAUGAGGCGUUAUGCUCACCGACUACAGGAAUCAUCGACUCGCACGCAUUAAUGGGGUAUCUUGCCACAAAGAUCAAAGAAAAUGGAGGCGAUAUAGCACUAAAGGCAAAAGUCGGCAGUAUUAGUAAGAACGAGGAUGGGGGUUAUCUCGUCAAUGUAUCAUCGCCAGGUACACAGGCUGUAAUUAGAUCAGAAAAUGUGAUCAAUGCAGCUGGCUUGUAUUCUGACAAGAUUGCAAACAUGAUCUUACCCGGACACGUAUAUAGACUAUAUUAUGCAAAAGGGCACUAUUAUUGCUAUAGUGGACUGAGCGAUAUCAAAGUAAAUCGUUUGAUUUACCCCGUACCAGAACGUCAUAUUGUAGGGGUAGGGACCCACUUGACUCUAGAUCUAUCUGGCGCAAUACGAUUUGGUCCGGACGUUCUGUACGUUGACACACCCGAUGAUUACGAUAUCGUAGAUGAUAAUGGCGAGAGAACCGAACAGGUUUGGAAAGCAGUUACGUCCUAUUUGCCCAAAAUCAAAAAAGAAAAACUAUAUCCUGGUUACACUGGCAUCAGACCAAAAUUGCAAGGGCCAGGCGAAGGAUUCCGCGACUUUGUUAUCAAGGAAGAGAGUGAUCACGGAUUAAAUGGGUUUAUCAAUCUUGUUGGAAUCGAGAGCCCUGGCUUAACGGCAUCAUUGGCCAUAGCAGAGAUGGUAGAAGGAAUAUUGGAUAAGCACUGA